UUGCGAUUGUUUGAAUUUAACACAGUGCUCAAGGUUGAUAGAUAUACAAACCGGGCAAUUAGCCAUGACUUCAAACUGUUACAGAUGUCAACUUUACACUUGUUUGAGAUUAUUUUACAAUGUAAAUAACUAGCGGUAGCAACAUCAAUUCAAGGAUGACUUCGUUUUCAGCGAAUCCGUACUCGGGGUCAAACGCCUCAUGCAGGAGUCUGCCAGGAGAGGGGAGUCAGGUUCAGCCUAAAGCUCCUCUCCUGCAGAUUCUGCGGGAGGCAGGUGCCCAGGAGGAUGUGUUUACUCUGAAAGAGGUUAUGCACUAUCUGGGCCAGUACAUCAUGGUGAAGCAGCUGUAUGAUAAGCAGCGGCAGCACAUAGUCCACUGUCAGGAUGACCCUCUGGGAGAGCUGUUAGAAGUGGACAGUUUUUCUGUGAAAAACCCCAGCCCCGUCUACGAGAUGCUGAAGAAGAACUUAUUUGUCCUGAACUGUGCUGAUGCAGCAAAGAAUCUUUCUGUGGGCAAGGAUUCUAGUGAGAGCGCGAGCGACGAUCCCGGUCAGGUCCCCAGCAGCAUGUGUAGACUGGGUCUGGGCCUCGGGGUGCUCGGAGCCCCCGCCGCUGCUGGCUGUCCCUCGCAGACCACCUCCCAACGCAGACCACGCGAAAUGGAUGAAGACUCAUUAGAUGGCCUGCCAAGAUCAGCAUGUAAAAGACCAAAGCUUGACGUCUCAUUGGACGAGUGGGACUUGUCUGGGCUGCCCUGGUGGUUUCUGGGUAAUCUCCGUAGCAACUACUCCCGUAAGAGCAAUGGCUCCACCGACAUUCACACUAACCAAAUCUCUCCUGGGCAGGAGGAGGACACGGCCAUCGUGUCGGACACCACGGAUGACCUGUGGUUCCUGAACGAGGCAGAGAGUGAGCAGGUGAGCGUGGAGAUGAAGGAGGCGGCGCUGGAGCAAGGCAGCGACGCAGAGUCUCCCCCUGAAGAUGAGGAGGGGAACAACACCAGUGGCACCAAGGAUAAAGAGAUGGUAGAGGAAUUAGAUGAAGACUCUCAGUGUUUGAGUGACGACACAGAUACAGAGAUAUCCACACAGGACGCCUGGCAGUGCACCGAGUGCCGUAAGUUCAACACGCCUCUGCAGAGGUACUGCGUGCGCUGCUGGGCCCUGCAGAAGGACUGGUACCGAGGCUGCCCCCGCCUCGCACACUCCCUGUCCGUCCCCGACAUCCCAGUGUGCAGUGGCCGCCCACCCAAGUGCCCUGGCGACCAGGGGCAGGAUGACGAGGAAGACGACGACGACGACUAUGAAGAGGAAGGUUUGGACGUGCCAGACUGCAUGAGGACCAUCUCGGACCCGGUCAUCUUACCUUCCCACGUGGCGGCGCGGGAUUGCCCCCGUCCCUCGUCGUCAAAGGGCAAGGGUCCCCGCCGACUGCCCCCGUCGGCCGAGGCUCUGUUCCGGGAAGGGGGCGAGAGCUCGGAGGGCGACAGCCAGGACACGCUGCUGGACGAGGAGAUGGCGGCGACGUGCCAGAAGGACCUGCUGGAGCCGUGCAAGCUGUGCCGCGUACGGCCGCGCAACGGCAACAUCAUCCACGGCCGCACCGCGCACAUGCUCACCUGCUUCCCCUGCGCCCGCAAGCUGCACAAGUUCCACGCCCCCUGCCCCGGCUGCGGCCAGAUCAUCCAGAAGGUCAUCAAGACCUUCAUCGCCUGAUCACAGGCCGUUUUCUGGUUAGGAUCGUUUUUUUUUUUGUAGAUCCGGUCCUGUUAAGAGCCAGGUCUAGGCCAGAUCCUUUUCUGUUAUCAGCUGCUGUCUGGUACCAUACAAGCAUUUAAUUAUUAAACACAUUUGCCAUAAGAGUAGUCGGUGCAUGAGCGGUGUUGGCAGUACGUAAUGAAUGGAAACAGAGUAAGUAUAUAAAUGGAAGUAGCACUCCAGCGAAUGAGGGAGACCAGAUGAUGCCCUUCAGAGCCUCACAGGUAUAUGGGACAUGCGUUUAAAAUAACAACAGAAGUAUUUAUUUAUUUAUUUUGGGGGGGGCAAUAUAAGAAAUAUUCUCAGACUGUAAUUUGUCCUAAAAUGUCGACUCCAAUAACAUGACCUAAUGCAGUGUGUAUAUAUUUAUAUAUACUUAAAAAAGAAAACAAUAUAUGUGAAGCUGUAGAGUAGAUCUGCUAAAAGUGCAUAGAAUGUUCUCUUGAGAAUAAGAUGGCUGCCCUGUGUCGUUCUGUGACCUGUGACCUAUCCCCUCUAUUAGGUCUCUUAUUAGCGGUGGAGCCGCAAAGACUCUUUAUUAGCGCUGCCACAAGGACUUCAUGUAUGAGUGUGGACUGUCCUCUGUCUGAACUGUAGGUGUGCCAGACCUCAGGUAUGAGUGCGAACUCUCCUCCAUCUGAACUGUAGGUGUGCCAGACCUGCUGUCUGGCUGCAGGGUUGCCAUCACGCCUUGCCCUUCCCCCCCCUUUGACUAGCCUGCUUUGCCUUUCAACUUCUAGACAGCCUGUGUCUCACUUUAGCCUUCACUUGCAUACAUGGAAACACUUGUCCUUGCCUCUGCAUCUUUCAUGAAGUGUGUAUAUGUAAAUAAUGUGUGUAUAUAAGAGGAGGUGUAAUAGGGAGGCUCCUGCCUACGUGUGGAUGUGCCCGCUCUCUAUCUAGUGCCUCUUCAUACAGCCUCCUCUUUGCAGAAGUGAAGUGUGUUUGCAGUUGCGGUGCUCAACAUCUCUCUCUCUCUCUCUCUCUCUCUCUCUUUCUCUCUUUCUUUCUCUCUUUCUCUCUUUCUCUCUUUCUCUCUCUCUCUCUCUCUGAUUGUGUCCCUGUAUUUUUAUUUUAGGUCUUCCUGAGUUAAUGAGUUCAGAUAUGUUCUAUCGUGUUUAUUGCAAUUGCAACCAGCACAGACUGACUGGUUUGUUCUGAUUUGUAUUGCAUUGUUGUGGUGCCUCACAAAUGUAGAUGAAGGGGAUGUUUUGAACCAAUUUCCCGAAAUAAUGAUUCCUGUAUGAAUAAUUUAUUUAAUUUGUAUGAUGUUAUUUUUACUGUACAAAUUGAGUUCAGUUUCAGUUUAUGAAUUUGUAAUUGUUUGGGAACGUUUUGACCAAAUUCAGAAUUUGUUAAUGGUGUUGGAGCUGUUUGGAUGGGUGGGAGCAUGUUAUGACUGCAAACAGAGGUGCCUUGUCGUAUGAAGAAGUCCAUGCUGAUACAGUUUGUCUGCAGCUCUCCCCUCUCACAGUAAGAGGGCUCCAGUGAAUGUUAGUGACCUGUAAAAUGUCACCAUGAAGAAGCAUAAGAAGCCUCUGGAGAAUUCUGGGUUGCCAGGUCUCCGGCAUUAUUCCCUCAGUGGCCUGUGGUCAGUGUUAGGGCCUAGUUGUUAACUCCUUUAGGAGUCCUGAAGGGAAUAGGUCAGUGCGUUGCCAGAUCUUUGGGGCGUUCUUCCUGUCACUGAUUGUGGUGGGUGGGGGGGAUCACACUCUCAUAGGCACUGAUGCUUGAAGGGAGGCAGCAGGAGGCAUCAAAAACUAUUUGAACACACACACACACACACACACACACACACACACACACGUGUGUCUCUCUCUCUCUGACACACACACUCACUCACUCACAUCCACACAGAUGCUCAUAUAUACACAGAAACACUCACUUGUGCACACACAGAUAUAUAUGUUGGGUCUUUGUGCUUCUUUGCAUCCACUAGACAGACAAAUGUGCACACACACACACACACACACAUACACUUACACGGAGAUAGUUGGUAUUUCUGUCAGAAUUUUAAUCUAAUUUUACGGCAGGCUUUUUUUUUACUGUCUGGGUGAUUUAUCAUUCCUUCAGCAAAUCUCUAGAUGAGGGAGAAAGACGACUGCACUCUCUGCAUGCCUGCAUUUUUGGAUUCAUUGUUGUAUAUCCUUGAUUUGUGCGUUUUUGGCUUUUGUUUUGUUUUGGAGAGUUAUGAGUGUUUUGUUGAUGUGGUUUAAGCACUUACAACUUCAAGUGUUUGUGUUGAAUAGGGCCCGACUCUUAAUGCCUUUCCCUGUGGAGUGGACUCAGUACUUAGCACCAUCGGCAAGCAAGCACACAAAUAAAAAAAAAAAACCUUUUCCACAUGGCUGAAGACGCAGGGGCGCAUCUGAACUGGAUCUCCUGUGAACGUGCCAGAUAUGGCCCAGAUCAGCACCUGAACAAGAGGCCUUCUGGGUAAUGGCGCUGUGGAUGUACUGUGGUGUAUUAGCCACCAUAGACUGUAUUAAAGAUAUAUAUUUAUAUAAUCCUUCAUUGGCCCAUUAAGCGUUACACUGUUUAUACUUGAUUGCAGAGGCACCAUCUCUCCAUUUCUCUUUGCAGAAGCCCAACAAUUGUGUUUGUUUUUGCUUUGAUUGUUGUAAGUGCUCCACUACAACUGCAUAACAACAGGGUUUUAUUUGAAUAUGGUGCUCUGAGUGUGAUGUGGUGUUUUGGCCACGUGGUGGCGCUUGUGGGCUUGUAGGUCCCUGCCAAGGUUGAGGCGCUGGCUGUUAUGAGACGCUGCGCACGUCACUGCACAGCAGCAGAUACGGUUGGCAGUGUAUAGGCCACUAUGCUUUGUAUUAACUAUUAAUGUUGAUAUCGCUGACUUGUACUCCCAAGGAGAUUGCUCUUCCUCUUAUAUUGGCUGCUAUAGGUGCCGCCAUUUUAUUUUGUUUUAAUUUGCUAAAGUCACUGCCAUGAACAAUGUGUUCGUUUUUUUGUGUGUAUUACUUUAUUAUUUUAUUGAUUCUGCAUUAUAGAUUGUUUAAACAUUCAUGGACAUUGAAAUUAUAUGUGAAUGUUAAAUAAACUAAGCUAAAAUCA